CCUGAUCUCACGUCUACUCGCUUGUAUAACAGCUGGAAAACACUUAUUCCUACCCUGGUCGAGGCCCAGCUAGACUACACUGCGCGGACGCUAGGAGCGCCUCUCGAACGAACACCGAAGGUUCUGUCUUUGUGCAGCUCCCACACAUGCGCACAAAAAUGCACAUCUCUUACAUGUAUCUUUUUU